CACGCCUGCCCGCAAGCUUGGCUGGGGGGGUAAUUGCUGGGAAUUACAGGGGGCCGCUCUGUUUCACCAGCAGCCAGGGCUCCGGUAAUAUGCGACAGGGGGGCUACGCCAGGGCGCGCAGCACUUCCGCUCUGGAGGAAAUGGGCUGCACCACCGGCAAGGGCAUGCUGGAUAUGCAAUUACCCACACAACGAGAUGCUAGCCAAAGUUGGCGGCACUGCUGCAGAACACAUCAUCCGACCCAUAUUGGUCUAUCGAAACGAUUGCAUCCAGAGCUCACGCUUCGUUCAUCGGCUGCUCACCGCGGCGUGCUUGCCCAAUGGCACCAGUCCGGCACAGGCCCUCCGAUCAAUGUGGCAGAUCACUGAGCAAACAUGGCACGGCCACCAAACGGCGGGCACAUGUCGAUGGGAGCAGAUGCCGACACCCAGUGGUGGAAGAUACAUGCGCUUGCCUCCACUCCACAGUUUCCCCCACCCGUCCAAAACUGGUGGGCAUGAAUGGCGGACUGAUCUAGCGAUCGAGUUCCCUGUCGCCACAGAUUUGCGAGGGCCUCAUUCCACAUGGAGAGUCAGUGCUCGGGAUCACUUGAAAUUACUCGUACAACGGCGGUCUCUCACAGUCGAGGGAUCCCCGGUGCUAGUCUUGUUGCGUGGAAGAGUCAGUUGCACGGUUAGCCGGCGGUGCUGGAGGCGACACACCGCUGUAAAGUGGGGCUUGCGCUAUGUGGAUAGCUCGUGCUUUGUCACUUUUCGCUCAUGCCGGGUUCCACCAGUCGCAGGUUUUCUCCGAGCAUGACUUCGCGCAAGUCCCACCUGCCAGUACACGCUGCUGCAAAUGUCAUCCCAAUUGACUGAGCGGGGAAAGCACCCGCCUGUCAUCCGCAAAGUGCUGGAGCGAACGUAAAUCCAGUCCACCCCAAAAGUCUACAUCGUUGACCUGCUGUUUCAAGCGAGGCAGUCUGGAAGGAUGCAGUGGAAGGCCAACGGUCGGAAUGA